AUGCUGAUAAGAGAAUUGGCGACCGUGCUGGUCGCCGUCCUCUUGUGCCAUCUUCAGCUAACGGAGUCUCAGAUUCCAGCCACGAACGUCUUCACCUGUCCGAACGGGUGGGAACUGAGGGGCACACAUUGUUACAAAUUCUUCAAUAUCAGGCACUCUUGGGAAAAGGCGGCUGAACUAUGCAGAAGGUACGGCAGCGAACUGAUGGUGGUGGAGUCGUACAGCGAGAACAACAUGUCCGCAAGCAUGAUCGGCCGGCAUUUGGAUCGUUAUUGGCUGGGACUGGCCUCCCUCGACGAUUUACGGACGAACACGCUCGAAUCGGCGGCUGGAAUGCUUGUCUCCCAAUACGCUGGUUUCUGGGCGUCGAAGCAACCGAAUCCGCAAUCAGGUGAAUGCGUGGAUGUCGCCUUGACGGACGACCGACAAACGUGGGAGUUAACCACGUGUGAAUCACUGCUUCCGUUUAUGUGCCGCGCCAAUGCCUGCCCCGCAGGUUCAUUCCACUGUUCGAACGGGAAAUGUGUGAACGCUGCGUUCAGGUGCGACAAACAGGACGAUUGCGGUGAUUUCUCGGACGAAAUCGACUGUCCGACCAACUGUCAGUUCUACAUGGCGAGCAGCGGCGAUGUCGUUGAGAGCCCGAAUUAUCCCCACAAAUAUGCACCCCUGAGCAACUGCAAGUGGACCUUGGAGGGUCCCCAAGGCCACAACAUCCUUUUACAGUUUCAAGAAUUCGAAACUGAGAAGAGCUUCGAUAUUGUCCAAAUUCUGGUCGGCGGCAGGACCGAAGAGAAGUCCGUGAAUCUCGCUACUCUUUCCGGCAAACAAGAGCUGAGCAACAAAUUGUUCGUGUCAGCCUCGAACUUUAUGAUCAUUAAAUUCAGUACCGAUUCAUCAGUGGAAAGAAAAGGUUUCCGCGCGUCUUGGAAGACCGAGCCGCAAAGCUGCGGCGGUGUUCUUCGAGCUACGCCUCAAGGACAGGUGCUCACUUCACCAGGAUAUCCGCAAAAUUAUCCAGGAGGUUUGGAAUGCCUUUAUAUACUCCAAGCACAACCAGGUCGUAUCAUGUCGCUCGAGAUCGAAGACCUGGAUCUCGAAAUGAACCGCGAUUACAUCCUCAUCAGGGACGGUGACUCGCCGAUGAGCAGGCCUAUCGCUCGAUUAACAGGAAAGUCGGAGGAUAACCCGACGGUGAUCAUGUCUACCGGGAAUAGUUUAUAUUUAUACUUCAAGACCAGCCUUGGCGAUUCGAGACGGGGAUUCAGCAUUCGGUACACACAGGGAUGCAAGGCCACGAUCAUCGCGAGGAACGGGACGGUUCAGUCGCCGUCUUUCGGACUGAACGACUAUCCUAAUAAUCAGGAGUGUUUAUAUAGGGUGAAAAAUCCCCAUGGAGGACCAUUGUCUCUAAAAUUCGUUAGCUUUAACGUUCACAAGACUGAUUUUGUACAGAUCUACGAUGGUCCAAACACUAAUGGACUCAGGCUACACCCUGGAAAUGGAUUCACAUCCAACACUCGACCAAAAAUUACACUCACUGCCGAAAGUGGAGAAAUGUUGGUUCGAUUUACUUCUGAUGCACUGCACAGCAGUUCUGGAUGGCAAGCAGAGUUUUCAGCAGACUGCCCUCAUCUUCAAUCCGGCGAAGGUGCCCUGGCUUCUAGUAGAGACACCGCGUUCGGUACAGCUGUUACCUUUUCCUGUCCUUUGGGCCAGGAAUUCGCGACUGGCAAGUCUAAAAUCACUACGGAGUGUCUGCCAAGUGGAAAUUGGUCUGUGACUUAUAUACCAAACUGUCAGGAAGUCUACUGUGGUCCUGUACCACAGAUAGAUAACGGUUUCUCCAUUGGAUCCUCGAAUGUCACCUACAAAGGGUUAGCCACUUAUCAGUGUUACGCUGGAUUUGCGUUCCCCUCUGGUCGUCCUAUAGAAAAGAUCUCGUGUAUGGCUGAUGGAAGAUGGGAGAAGAAACCCUCUUGCUUGGCCUCUCAGUGUUCCCCACUUCCGGAAGCUCCUCACUCGAACAUUACUAUUCUAAACGGAGGUGGUCGUAGUUAUGGAACGAUAGUUCGGUUCGAAUGUGAGCCAGGAUAUGUCAGAAGUGGACAUCCCGUAAUUCUUUGUAUGAGUAAUGGAACUUGGUCCGACGAAGUGCCAACGUGUUCCCGAGCUAAAUGCCCAUUGCUGCCCACGAUCAAGAACGGUUUCGUGGUCGACCCAACCAGAGACUACUUUUAUGGCGAUGAAGCCAGAGUUCAAUGCAACAGGGGCUACAAGUUGUCUGGAUCUAAUAUCAUACAGUGUGGGCCCACUCAGCACUUCGAUAACGUUCCUACUUGCGAAGACAUAAAUGAGUGUGCAUCGAGCCAAUGCGAUCUGGCCUCUACUGAGUGCAUAAACAAUCCAGGUGCAUUUACCUGCAAAUGCAAAGCAGGUUUUGCUCCAACUAUGGAGUGCAGGCCCAUAGGUGAUCUUGGGCUCAUCAAUGGAGGUAUUCCUGAUGAGUCGAUCACUGUCUCAAGUUCGGAGAACGGAUACAUGAGAACAGGUAUACGUCUAAACAAUGGCGAUGGCUGGUGCGGUAACAACAUAGAACCAGGUACGAACUGGGUGAUGCUCGACAUGAAGGCCCCGACGAUCAUUCGUGGAUUCCGAACUCAGGUCGUUGCAAGGGUAGACGGAAAUAUAGCGUACACGUCAGCAGUUCGAAUUCAAUAUACGGAUGACCUGACUGAUAUCUUCAAGGAUUACACGAAUCCUGACGGUACACCGGUGGAGUUUAGAAUCUUGGAACCUACUCUUUCUGUACUGAACUUACCAGUACCCAUUGAGGCUCGGUUCAUAAGGUUCAGGAUACAGGAUUACAUCGGUGCACCUUGCAUGAAACUAGAAAUCAUGGGAUGCACUCGUCUGGAGUGUACUGACAUUAAUGAAUGCACUGUUAACAACGGCGGUUGCCACCAAAAGUGCAUCAACAACCUUGGUAGCUAUGCCUGCAUGUGUAAUACUGGAUACGAAUUGUACAAAGGCAACGGCACUGCUGGAUAUUACAUCGAGAAGUAUGAAACUGGUGAAAGGGACGGGGAUUUAUACCAGAAGAACAAGACUUGCGUACCUGUUAUGUGUCCUGGUCUGUCUGCACCAGAAAAUGGAAAGAUCUUAUCGACUAAACAACAACAUCAUUUUGGUGACCUUGUAAGGUUCCAAUGCAACUUCGGCUACGUUUUAUCUGGUUCUUCAGCUGUCAUUUGUACGUCCAGUGGAGCUUGGAAUGGUACUACUCCAGAAUGUCAAUAUGCAAAGUGCGUGUCACUACCAGACGACAAGAACGAGGGUUUAUCAGUGAUUCGUAGUGACGAGGCGAGUGUGUUGGUACCGUUCAAGCAGAAUGUCACGCUAAAAUGUGGCAGUAAUGGGCGAUAUCUUCGAAACACAGCUAGUUCUGGCUUCCGUCAGUGUGUUUACGAUCCAAAACCAGGAUUACCAGACUACUGGCUCUCGGGAUCUCAACCAGCUUGUCCUAGAGCCGACUGUGGGAAACCUCUACCAACUCCUGGAGCUGAAUAUGGCCAGUACUUGGAUACCAAGUACCAAUCUUCGUUCUUCUUCGGUUGUCAGGAUACAUUCAAACUGGCUGGCCAGACCAAUCGACACGAUAACGUAGUGAGGUGUCAAGCUAACAGUAUCUGGGACUUUGGUAAUCUUCGCUGCGAAGGUCCAGUUUGCGAGGAUCCAGGUAGACCAAGUGAUGGUUAUCAAGUAGCAAGAAGCUACGAACAAGGAUCAGAGGUUCAAUUCGGCUGCAGUAGGCCAGGAUACAUCCUAAUUAAUCCCAGACCUAUCGUCUGUGUCCGAGAACCAGAAUGUAAAGUCGUGAAACCUCUUGGUUUAGCUUCUGGUCGUAUCCCAGAUUCUGCUAUUAACGCAACCUCUGAAAGGCCGAAUUACGAGGCAAAGAAUGUCCGUUUGAAUUCCGUGACUGGCUGGUGCGGCAAGCAAGAAGCGUUCACGUACGUCAGCGUCGACCUGGGCCAGGUUUACCGUGUGAAGGCGAUCUUAGUGAAAGGUGUGGUGACAAAUGACAUUGUCGGAAGGCCAACAGAGAUUAGGUUCUUCUACAAGCAAGCUGAGGUCGAGAACUACGUGGUCUACUUCCCUAAUUUCAACUUGACGAUGAGGGAUCCUGGAAACUACGGCGAACUGGCAAUGAUCACACUGCCAAAGUAUGUUCAGGCGCGUUUCGUGAUCUUGGGAAUAGUCAGUUACAUGGACAAUGCUUGCUUGAAGUUCGAAUUAAUGGGUUGUGAAGAGCCUGUUACGGAACCGUUGUUAGGUUACGAUUACGGAUUCUCUCCUUGCGUAGACAACGAGCCUCCAGUAUUCCAAAAUUGUCCGCAACAACCGAUAGUCGUACAAAAGGGAGCUGAUGGUGGAUUACUUCCUGUGAACUUCACAGAACCGACAGCUAUUGACAACAGUGGUAGUAUCGCUCGACUCGAAGUCAAACCUCAUAGCUUCAGAACACCUUUGAGAGUAUUCGAAGACACUGUGGUCAAGUACGUGGCAUUCGACUACGACGGAAAUGUCGCUAUCUGCGAGAUCAACAUUACUGUACCUGAUGUGACUCCACCCAAACUCAGUUGUCCGCAGAGUUACGUAAUCGAACUAAUUGACAAACAGGAGAGUUAUUCGGUUAACUUCAAUGAGACUCGAAGACGAAUUAAUGCCAGUGAUGCUUCUGGUCCAGUGAAGAUUACGUUCGUGCCGGAAAGAGCAGUGAUUCCAAUCGGUAGCUUCGAAAAUGUAACCGUCUAUGCAACAGACUCUAGCGGAAACAGGGCAUCUUGUCACUUCCAAGUGUCGGUGCAAGCAACACCCUGUGUAGACUGGGAACUUAAGCCACCAGCUCAUGGAGGACUCAAAUGCGUGCCUGGCGACAAGGGUCAGCAAUGCAUAGCAACGUGUAAAAACGGUUUCAGGUUUACCGACGGUGCUCCAGUGAAGACAUUCACUUGCGAUGUUCAAAAGCAUUGGUCUCCUACUGCAGUUGUCCCUGACUGUGUCUCUGAAAACACUCAACAAGCCAACUAUCAUGUGGUGGCUGCAGUAACUUAUCGUGCUAACGGUGCAGUAUCGAGGUCUUGUCUCCCGCAAUACCAGGACCUGAUGUCUCAAUAUUACAUGAAUCUGAAUAACAUUCUCACCCAACGAUGUUCCGCUGUCAAUGUAAAUAUGAACGUGUCAUUUGUAAGAUCUGUGCCUUAUUUACUCGAAGAAAACGUCUUGAAGAUGGACUUCAUUCUGGUCAUUGUUCCCGCUAUACGUCAACCUCAACUAUACGAUCUUUGUGGCUCAACGCUGAACCUGAUCUUCGAUCUUUCUGUUCCUUCCACUAGCGCAGUUAUAGAGCCUUUGUUGAAUGUCUCUUCUAUUGGUAAUCAAUGUCCACCCCUCAGAGCCUUGAAAUCAUUUAUUACCAGAGGAUUCACCUGUAGCAUUGGAGAAGUUCUAAACAUGGAUACUAACGAUGUUCCGCGAUGUUUACAUUGUCCUGCUGGCACAUUUGCUGGAGAGAAGCAGAAACAAUGUACUUCCUGUCCAAAGGGCUUUUACCAGAACAGCGAUCGCCAAGGAUCGUGUCUGCGCUGUCCAUUUGGCACAUACACAAGGGAAGAAGGUUCAAAGAGCAUAGAUGACUGUAUACCAGUUUGUGGAUACGGUACAUACUCGCCCACUGGUUUGGUACCUUGUCUUGAAUGCCCUAGAAACAGCUAUACUGGAGAGCCACCAGUUGGUGGUUACAAGGAUUGCCAGACUUGUCCAGCUGGAACAUUUACGUACCAGCCAGCUGCACCAGGCCGCGAUCGAUGCAGAACCAAAUGCUCUCCAGGCAUGUACUCAGACACAGGACUAGCUCCGUGUGCACAAUGUCCAAAAGACUUCUUCCAACCCCAACAUGGAGCAACAACAUGCGCCGAAUGUCCAACGAACAUGUAUACCGAUGGGCCAGGUGCAGUUGGUCGCGAAGAAUGCAAACCUGUGCAGUGCACCGACAGUGUUUGUCAACAUGGUGGUUUGUGUGUACCUAUGGGGCACGGGGUUCAGUGUUUAUGUCCUGCUGGAUUCUCUGGAAGGCGUUGCGAGAUCGACAUCGAUGAAUGUGCAUCACAACCGUGUUAUAAUAGCGCGACUUGUAUAGAUCUGCCACAGGGCUACAGGUGUCAAUGUGCCAAUGGAUACUCCGGAGUCAACUGCCAGGAGGAGAAAUCGGAUUGUAGCAAUGACACUUGCCCAGAGAGGGCUAUGUGUAAAGACGAACCUGGUUUCAGUAACUACACAUGUUUGUGUAGGUCUGGCUACACUGGAGUAGAUUGUGACAUCACUAUAAAUCCCUGCACUGCAAGCGGUAAUCCUUGCAACAACGGCGCUACCUGUGUAGCUUUACAACAAGGUCGCUACAAGUGCGACUGUCUACCAGGUUGGGAAGGUCAGAGCUGCGAAAUCAACACCGACGACUGUGCAGAAAAGCCCUGUCUUCUGGGAGCCAAUUGUACCGACUUGGUCGCUGACUUUAGCUGUGAUUGUCCUCCAGGAUUUACUGGCAAACGGUGCCACGAAAAGAUUGACUUAUGUUCAGGGAACCCUUGCUUGAAUGGUAUUUGUGUGGACAAGCUUUUCAGCCACGAGUGCAUUUGCCAUCCAGGAUGGACUGGUGGAGCGUGUGAAACGAACAUCAAUGAGUGUUCCAAUAAACCCUGCCGAAACAAUGGCCAAUGUAUCGAUCAGAUAGAUGGAUACACUUGUACGUGUGAACCAGGAUACACUGGCAAACAAUGUCAACACACAAUCGAUGACUGCUCCUCGGAGCCCUGUCAGAAUGGAGGAACUUGUUUAGAUCAGUUAGAAGGUUUCGUCUGCAAGUGCAGGCCAGGUUUUGUUGGACUUCAAUGUGAAGCGGAAUUGGACGAGUGCCUCAGCGAUCCCUGCAGUCCAGUUGGAACGGAUCGUUGCGUCGAUCUUGAUAAUACCUUCGUAUGCCAUUGCCGUGAAGGCUAUAGCGGUACCGCCUGCGAGAUUAACAUCGAUGAUUGUGCUUCUGGCCCUUGUUUGAAUGGUGCUACGUGCAGAGACGAGGUUGGCGGCUUCAAGUGCAUGUGUCCAGAAGGCUGGACAGGUGUUCACUGCGAGAUCGAUGUAGGAACGUGUCAGAAUCAUCCUUGUCAGAAUGAUGCAGCAUGCGUAGACUUGUUCAUGGAUUACUUCUGCGUAUGCCCAUCAGGAACUGACGGAAAGCAAUGUGAAACCGCACCAGAACGUUGUAUUGGAAAUCCUUGCAUGCACAAUGGACGUUGCCAAGACUUUGGGUCUGGUCUCAACUGCACAUGUCCUGAUGACUAUACUGGAAUUGGAUGUCAGUACGAAUACGACGCUUGCCAGGCUGGUGCUUGUAAAAAUGGCGCCACAUGUAUCGACGACGGUGCUGGAUUCACGUGUAUUUGUCCGCCAGGAUACACAGGCAAGACAUGUGAAGAUGAUAUAAUUGAUUGCAAAGAGAACUCCUGCCCCCCAUCAGCGACCUGCAUUGAUCUCACUGGUAAAUUCUUCUGCCAAUGUCCAUUCAACUUAACUGGAGACGAUUGUAGAAAAUCGAUCCAAGUGGAUUACGACUUGUACUUCAGUGAUCCAGCACGCAGUAGCGCUGCUCAAGUAAUUCCAUUUUUCACUGGUGGAAGAAAGAGCUUGACUGUAGCAAUGUGGGUGCAGUACACCCAAAAAGAUGAAGCUGGAAUAUUCUUCACCCUCUAUACCGUGAACUCACCACACGUUCCUUCGAAUCGAAGACUAAUGAUCCAAGCACACAGUAAUGGUGUUCAAGUAUCUCUUUUCCAUGACUUGCAAGAUGUCUAUUUACCAUUCAGAGAAUAUGCAACCAUCAACGAUGGCCAAUGGCAUCACGUUGCCGUAGUCUGGAACGGUGAAAACGGUGGCGAACUAGUCUUGAUCACGGAAGGACUUAUUGCUAGUAAAACCGAAGGCUACGGAAGUGGUCGAUCAUUGCCAGCUUAUGCUUGGGCUGUCCUAGGCAAACCACAGAGUGAAAAUUCGAAGGGCUACACUGAAUCUGGAUUCCAGGGUCACUUAACCAAGGUCCAAAUCUGGAGUCGUGCCCUUCACGUGACCAACGAAAUACAGAAACAAGUACGAGAUUGCCGCACCGAACCAGUUUUGUAUCAAGGUCUGAUAUUAACUUGGGCAGGAUACGAUGAGACUAUUGGUGGCGUGGAGAGAGUAGUCCCAUCUCAUUGUGGACAAAGAGUCUGCCCACCAGGAUAUGGUGGCAGCAAAUGCCAACAAUUAGAAUCUGACAAGAUUCCACCCAAAGUUGAGCACUGUCCAGGUGAUCUAUGGGUGAUUGCAAAGAAUGGUUCUUCCAUUGUCACCUGGGAUGAACCACGCUUUAUCGAUAAUGUUGGCAUAGUAAAGGUACAAGAAAAGAAUGGUCACAAAUCUGGGCAAACAUUGAUGUGGGGAACAUAUGAUAUCAGUUACGUAGCCUAUGAUCAGGCUGGAAACUCUGCCAGCUGCAACUUUAAGGUUUACGUGUUGUCUGAUUUCUGUCCUGAAUUGGCUGAUCCAAUUGGAGGCACCCAGCAGUGUAAAGACUGGGGCUCAGGCGGCCAGUUCAAAGUCUGUGAAAUAUUCUGUAAUUCUGGACUCAGGUUCUCCCAGGAAGUGCCUAAGUUCUACACCUGUGGAGCAGAAGGCUUCUGGAGACCCACCAAUGACCCAUCUCUUCCAUUGACCUAUCCUGCUUGCACAAGCUCCACACCAGCUCAGCGUGUAUUCAGGAUCAAAAUGAACUUCCCAACGUCGGUUCUCUGCAAUGAAGCUGGCCAAGGAGUACUUAAGAAAAAAGUUAGAGAUGCCGUGAAUUCCUUGAAUAGAGACUGGAACUUCUGUUCAUAUUCCUUCGAAGGAACUCGCGAAUGUAAGGACCUCAAUAUCGAUGUUCAAUGCGACCACCGUGCACGCACGACACGAGAAACGAACGAAGAAGAUGGCGGCACCUACAUCAUUUCCGCCGUAGUACCAGCCGAAUCAACGAGACAAGCGCGACAAGGCAGUGAUACCUACGAGGUGGAGAUCUCGUUCCCGGCGAUAAACGAUCCAAUUUUGAAUGCUAACUCGAACGAGAGAGCAACUGUUCAGACCUUAUUAGAAAGACUGAUCCUGGAGGAAGAUCAAUUCGAUGUACACGACAUUUUGCCGAAUACGAUACCCGAUCCAGCGUCUCUGGUCCUGGAGUCUGAUUACGAUUGUCCAGUGGGUCAGGUAGUCAUGGCGCCGGAUUGUGUGCCGUGCGCUGUUGGGACCUAUUAUGACGAAGAAACGAAACAGUGCCUGUCCUGUCCAGUUGGUAGCUACCAAAGCGAGUCAGGCCAACUGAAGUGUAGUUCCUGUCCUGUGAUAGCCGGACGUCCUAGUGUGACAGUAGGUCCAGGUGCUCGAAGUGCUGCAGACUGUAAAGAACGUUGCCCCGCUGGAAAGUAUUACGACGACUUGGCUGGCCUUUGUCGAAGCUGUGGUCACGGUUUCUAUCAGCCCAACGAGGGUAGCUUCUCCUGCUUGCUCUGUGGCCUAGGAAAGACUACCAGAACAGCCGAAGCGGUAUCCCGCGAAGAAUGCAGAGACGAAUGUGGAUCAGGACAGCAACUAGCCGUGGAAGGCAAGUGCGAGCCCUGUCCACGUGGUAGCUAUCGUACACAAGGAGUCCAGGCUGCUUGCCAGUCAUGUCCUACCGGCAGGACGACACCUAACAUGGGAUCAGCGUCGAUCGAAGAGUGCUCUCUUCCUGUCUGCGAUCCGGGUACCUACCUGAACGGAACCUUGAACGAAUGUAUGGAAUGUAAAAAGGGAAUGUACCAAUCCGAGCCACAACAGACCUUCUGCAUCCCGUGUCCACCGAACACAAGUACCAAGGGAACAGCAGCGACCAGCAAAGCUGACUGUACCAAUCCUUGCGAAACCAGCGACGCAGAAAUGCAUUGCGACGCAAACGCUUAUUGCCUGUUGAUACCGGAGACCAGUGACUUUAAGUGCGAGUGCAAGCCAGGGUACAAUGGAACCGGCACCGAGUGUACCGACGUAUGCAUGGGCUAUUGUGAUAACGAAGGUGUGUGCUUGAAAGACACACGAGGACAACCGUCGUGCAGAUGUAGCGGUAGCUUCACUGGAAAACGGUGUACAGAAAAGUCUGAGUUCUUCUAUAUCACUGGAGGCAUCGCUGGUGGUGUUAUCCUCAUUAUUUUCGUUGUCCUCUUGGUAUGGAUGAUCUGUGUCAGGGCUUCUCGAAAGAAGGAACCUAAGAAAAUGCUCACACCAGCGACUGAUCAAAACGGCUCGCAAGUUAACUUCUAUUACGGCGCGCCCACACCGUACGCGGAGUCCAUUGCGCCGUCCCAUCAUAGUACAUACGCCCAUUAUUACGACGACGAGGAAGAUGGUUGGGAGAUGCCUAACUUUUAUAACGAGACUUACAUGAAAGAGAGUCUUCAUAACGGUAAAAUGAACAGUCUCGCUCGUUCGAAUGCCAGUAUCUAUGGCACGAAAGACGAUCUUUACGAUAGACUGAAGCGUCACGCGUACCCUGGCAAAAAAGACAAAAGCGACAGUGAUAGCGAGGGCCAGUGACGCCAACGAACAACGACGUUCUA